AUGCCGACUGGGAGCUGCUGGUGUGGCAACGUUAAAUAUGAGUUUGCUGGGGGCUCUACGCCUGUGGCGUUAUGUCACUGCUUAUCAUGCCAAAAGAUAAGUGGCGGAACCAAUACAGCUAAUAUUCCUGUGGCACGCGAGAAGCUCACCGUGACUUCUGGUACACCGAAAUCUCAUACUCAAAAACAUGAAGAUGGAUUUGAUUUGACGGUAUUCUUUUGUGGUGAUUGCGGUAGCGCUAUUUACAAACAUGCUGAUGGAGACAUGUUUGAAAAUGUUUCUUUGGUUCAAUCAGGAACACUAGAUGGACCUGCCCGGGACAAGAUUAGCACACCAUCAUCGGAGUUGAAUGUGAAACUCAGGGCAUCUUGGUUAGCAGAAGUCAGCGCCGCUGUUCAAAAACAAGGAUUUGUAUGA